AUGGCGGAUACCGAGACGCGCCCGCUCCUUGAGCAAAGCACCCGCCCGCGCAGUCCUGAGCGAAAUGCCCUCGCUGACAACCGACUACCAGCCAGCAGUCAGACAAUCGCAGGAGCAUGGCGGGGUGUCAUUGUACCGCUCUUGGUCAGCGCUUUCCUACAUGACCUAGGCACCAAUAUUACAGAAGUCACCAUGAGCGAAUUUGGCGAGGACAUUCUGUGCCGAAAUCGAUUCAGAGAGCAUGGUGGCGCUGCAGCGCUGGUUCUCCGGGAUCCACGAUGCAAGGGCGCCGCAGUUCAGGCCGACCUCUCCAUGCUGCAGGCUGUCGAGCACACGUUUGGCGCUAUUCCGUCUAUCCUCACGUCAGUGCUCUAUGGUGUUGCCUCGGAUCGCUUUGGUCGCAAAUCCAUCAUGUGCCUCAGCAUUGUGGGCUUGCUGGUGCUGUAUGCCGUGGACUUUACCAUCUAUUAUUUUCCCGACGUCUUCAACAUUUAUUUGGUAUGGCCCGCUGCGCUCUUGGUAUUUAUAGGCGGCGGCCCGCCGGUCAUGAAUAGCAUGACAUUUGCCAUGGUCAGCGAUGUCGUCUCCGAGGCAGAGAGGGCCAAUAUCUUCUUUUAUCUUGUUGCGACAGCUUUGGUAGGAAAUCUAGUGGGUGCGCCUUUGACGUUUUACCUCAUGGAGUACGGUCCCUGGACCGCCACCGCAGUUGGAUAUUCCUGCUACAUGGCACGGUUAUUUGUCGUGUUCUUUUUCUGUCAGGAUAUGAAAAGGAAUGCAGUCUUGCUGUUCCAAGACGACGAAACGCAGCCAGCAGUUGAGGGUGACGACAAGGGCGCCGUGGCCGCCGCGUUUCGCACCAUGCUGAACCCGGUACUGGCCAUCAAGCAGACCGGGUCUGCUGGUGUCGAAGUGUUUUGGAUCCAUAAGAAGCUCGGAGUUCUUCUUUUUACGCUUCUUUUCUCGGACUUGGGUGGGUAUGCGAACAUAUUGUUCAAUCAGUACAUUGCCAAAAGAUUUGACUGGUCGUGGUCUGAGGCUAAUUUGCUGGCCUCUGUAACAACGUUUUCCAGGCUAGCUCUCAUGAUUGCUAUCAUGCCCCUUAUCAGCCAAGUCCUGAACAAGACUGGCAUGCCACCCAUCAUCAAGGAUGCACAGAUCUCGCGAUAUGCGAUGCUUCUCGCCACCGUUUCAGCAUUUGGCAUCGGCAUUGCUAGUACGUUUUACGCCAUUCUGCCUUUCCUCCCCCUCUCGACUUUCCGAGCCGUCUCGCGCGCCAGUUUAAACAGUCUGCUUCCUUCGUUGGCUGGUCCAGAACGAACCGGCGCUCUGUAUUCCGUAAUGGCAGUUCUCGACUCGAUAGGCAUGAUGAUUGCCGCACCUGCGACGGCAGCCAUCUUCAAGUCCGGGCUGCGCUUGGGUGGGAUGUGGAUUGGGCUGCCUUACAUUCUCUCUGGCGUCCUGAUGAUGAUAUCGACUGCCAUUCUCUUCGCUGUUCGCAUUGCAAACGAAGAUCACUUCAACGCGACCGGGUUGUAG